GAUUUCAUCUGCACUGGAAAUAGACUCUGACGACUCCUCGAUAGCCAUCAAUGAUACUCCGCCUGCCUGGACAUCUCGGAUCGAUCGUGUGCCUGGCACAGGGACCGGGGUGAGCUGUCAUCCGUUGUAGAGUCUGAGUAUCCCCCCCUCCCCUCCAUCUCCCUCUCGUGUGCCAUGCCGGUUCCGUUCACGUCUGGUUAGACCACUCGACAUGGGAUUAUGGUCCCGCGGAAGCGGCUGUGCAAGCUUGACUCUUGAAACGUCCACCGUCCACCGCCCACCGUGCCACUCACGCACUACCACUAUUACCACCGCUACUGCUAACCGCAAAUCACGCUUGGGUGUCGAGAUAUGCUGCGCAUGCGUCUCUCGGCUGAGUCGAUUCGUACUGUCAUGUCCGUCUCUUGAAACCGCGCGCCUUGGCCCAGGUUGCUUCUCCUGCUGGAUUCGCUUGCUCCCAACCUUUAUUCUCCCGCGGGAUCCACCCGUCCUGCACCUCGCAAAUGCACCAGCUUCCUGCACCGGUCGAGAAAGCCCGAGAUAUUGAGCAUGUUGCGAUGUUCCGUGAGGUCACCACACCCGCCGUCCUCAUCGCCAAGCCUUUCCUUGCCUCUAUCCCCCAAAGUCCCCGGCCAGCGCGGCCAUGAAUGGGAGGCUUAAUUACUCCGUGCCAUAUGUAUGAUUAGUCGUUCAGGACCCACCGUCUCGCUGUCUGCAUUUUUUUUCCCCAAUCGUGUCCAUCGCCAUGGAGGCCCAGGCUAGAGAAUAUGAGGCCAAGAUCAGCCGGACCUCUGGCCAGGAGGCCUUCAGGAAUGCCAUCCAGGCCGCCGAGCUGUACAUGAAGGCGGUCAAGGAGGCCCCCACGGCCGCUGAGAAGUCCCGCCUCAAGGCCAAGUGCCGUGACCUCAUUGCACAAGCCGAGACGCUCAAGACGGCCGGCCCCACUGCUGCGCCGCCAAAGGCCCCGAGGCCCAGGGGUCCUCGCCAGAGCCGCCAGCUCCCGACGGCGGAGAAGACCAUCCUGUGGCGGUCCUCCAAGCUACACGGCAGCGUCUUCCCGCCCUGGGAGGCCGACCCCGACCCGGCCGUCUUCCGGAGCAAGAAGCUGGACGAGCCGCUCUUCACUGACGCUUCGGAGUUCUCGUUUUCCAAGAAGCAGAAUGAGAUCUUUGAUGGCUGGAAGCGUCCCGCCGAGAUCUUCAACGACUCGGGCCCGGAGUUGUUUGAGAACAUCAUGGUUGCCAAGACGAACAGCGACCUUGUGCAGGACAUCACGACAGACUGUUCUGUGGUGGCCAGCCUGUGUGCAGCGAUGCGCCACCUGAAUCCCAACAAGAAGGACUCUUUGCUACCGACGUUGCUGUACCCCUUUGACUACUCCAAGGGCAGGCCCAUAGCCUCACAAAAUGGGAAGUACAUGUUCCGGCUGAACUUCAACGGCUGCUUCCGCCAGGUGGUUGUUGACGACCGGCUGCCCACCUCCAAGACGUCCCGGACGUUUUUCGUCGUCGACCGGAGGAACCCAGAGCUCAUCUGGCCUGCCCUCAUGGAGAAGGCAUACCUGAAGAUACGGGGUGGUUAUGACUUCCCGGGCAGUAAUUCCGGCACGGAUCUCUGGGUGCUCACCGGCUGGAUACCGGAACAGAUAUUCCUACAGAGCGACGACAUCGAACUGGACCAAACCUGGAAGCGCAUCAAGAAUGCAUUCGAGUACGGCGACGUGGUGGUCACGCUGGGCACGGGGCGGCUGUCCCGGCAGGAGGAGGAGACGCUCGGGCUGGCGGGCGAGCACGACUACGCCGUCAUGGACCUCCGGGUGCAGGCGACGGGCGAGCGGCGGAUGCUGCUCAAGAACCCGUGGUGCGACGGGCUGGUCUGGAAGGGCUUCGGCUCGACGACCACGGUCGACGCCGAGGUGUACCCGCCGCCGUCGCCGACGCUGUCGCGGCCGGCGCAGCGGAUGACCAAGUCGGACUCGGGCCCGGACCCGGACGUGUCGUCGCCGUCGCCGUCGCCGCACGCGGAGCUGACGGGGACGUUCUGGAUCUCGAUCGAGGACGUGGUGCAGAACUUCGAGUCGCUGUACCUGAACUGGAACCCGGGCCUGUUCACGGACCGGCAGGACCACCACUUCACGUGGGCGCUGCCGGGGCGGGCGAUGCAGCGGUCGCUGGCGCACAACCCGCAGUACUCGUUCACGGCGCCGGCGUCCGGGGCCGUGUGGAUCCUGCUGUCGCGGCACUUCCAGGACGGCGAGCUGCCCAUCGCGCGCAGGCGGCACACGCGGCGGCCCGGCGGCGAUGGCGACGGCGACGGCGGGCCCUACAGCCUGGGCUUCAUGUCCAUCUACCUGUUCGACAGCGCCGGCGGCCACUGCGUGCAGCUGCCGGACCGGCCGGCGCACCAGUCGCCCUUUGUCGACAGCCCGCAGACGCUGCUGCGCUUCGAGGCGCAGGCCGGCACCGCCUACACCGUCGUCGUCGCGCAGGAGGGCCUCCCGCUGCCCUCGUACCCGUCCACGCUGUCCUUCUUCAGCCGGGCGCCGCUGGCCAUCAGCCCGGCCACCCCGCCGCUGCGCCACUACACCGAGCUCGAGUCGGCCUGGACCCGGCGCACGGCGGGCGGCAACGCCCGCACCGCCUCCUUCUUCCACAACCCGCAGUUCGCCCUCGUCGUGCCCUCGCCCACCCCGAUCUCCCUCCACCUGGCCACCGACGCCGACGACGUCCCCGUGCACGUCGACCUGGUCUGGUCCCACGGCGGCCGCCGCGUCACCGCCCUGACCGUCCGCGACAUCGUCUGCUCGUCCGGCGAGUACCGCCGCGGCUGCGCCCUCGCCGAGACCCGCCCGCCCCAGACCGUCGACGCCGGCACCUACACCGUCGUGGCCUCGACCUUCGAGCCGGGCCAGCUCGCCGGCUUCGCCCUGCGCGUCGGGUCCGACGUCCCCGUCCAGCUGCGGCCCGUCCUGUCCGACGCCGCCGGCCGCCUGCGCUCCGAGCUCGACCCCGUCGUCUUCCGCGAGGGCGAGAGCGAGCGCCAGCGCGCCCCCCUCACCAUCACCCGCCUCACGCGCGCCAGCGCCGUCGCCAGAUCGGGAACCCUGGACGUGGGCGGCGGGCCCACCGCCUCCGUGGGCGGCCUGCCCUUCUCCCUCGGCGGCUCCGCCGCCGCCGGCAGCUCCUCCACGGACGACCACCACCACCACCACCACCACCAGUCCGGCACCGCGAGCCCCAUCAGCAUCCCCUGCUCGGUGCGCGUGUCCUUCGAGUACGGGUCCGGCCCGCACGCCCGCACGGCCGCCGUCACCGCCGACGGCGAGUUCGCCGACGCGAGCAUGGGCCUGCGCACGGGCGACGUCGACCUCGACCCGGACGCCGCCCGGCGCGCCGGCGGGCUGUGGCUCGUCGUCGAGCAGAUGGGCGUGCACCGCGAGGGGCAGGGCAUCCAGGUCGACGUGCUCAGCGAUGGCAGGAUUGGCGUUGGGCCCUGGGAGAGCGUGGAUGAUUGAUUUGGCGCGUGGGUGGUCAAUUAUUACAUACGUUGAUUUAUUGGAUGGGGUUGGUCCGCCCGCAUUUGGGGGCAUCUUAUUUCCGUUUCUUGCUUAGAUAUAUCGGCAUGGAUGGGAGUCUUGAUCUGUUUGAUAUUCUUUCUGUGGACUGUAUCUUACAUUUUUGUUGCCGCACUGUUUAGCUACCGGCGGUACGCAUACAACUAAAGCUACUUGCAUGCAUUUGCUAAACGGAAUUGUAAUGCGAUCAUGUUAGCUGUGUGCUUGGAUGGGGGCUAUAGUGCUUACCUGGUGAGGGUCUUGUAUCCUCAACCUGUGUUGUCUUAGGGUGUCAAUUUAACUUGGUGUGUGUGUGUGUGUGUGUUUAAAGGCCGUUUUUUUUUUUCUUUGGCUGGGAUUCCCUCUGUAUGAUUCAUUUAUAUAGCGACCAUUUUGAGACCUAGUCUCAC